AAUCGCAAGGACGUUUAAUGUGCUUUUAAUCUUAUUAGAUAUUGGAUUGUAAAAGUGGGUUUUUAAGUUUUGUUUUAUAAUACUAGUAGUGUAUUGUGUUUGAAAUAUGAAAAAGCUUUGAAGAAACUUACCAGACCCGAACGGUCACGCUUUACAAGCCACCCUAACAUGGUCUGAGGAAUAUAGCAAACAGGUUAUAAACACAGGGAAACCUGCACGCCAAAAUGGAGUCACCUAAGAUAGUUUACAAAUAUUAUUCAAACCCAGCAUUCUGUUCACAAAGCGAAGUGGUUUUCGCUCAAAAAUCAUGUAUGACACGUGUAAUAUCCCCAAACCGACGAAUGCCACCAUUAGGAGCCAACUCACCACGAAAAGUCGAGAUCGGGAACAGAAUAAUGCGGACAGAUAUAUCUGAUAAUCCAUUACGGAUAUCACCUGCAAGUAGGUUUCGUGAAGAGCCACCCGAGUUGCCACCAAAGCCUCCGAAAUAUCAAAGAAACUUCCAAAGACAAGCCUCGCUAAUGUGCAAACCAAGCCGCGCUAUUGUAAGAUGUCGAACCCGCAGCGAAGAUCUAGAAAUGGCGCAAUUUAAACAAAAACAACAGUCUAAAUACGACAGAAAUGUAGAAAGUGAUGAUGGACUUGAAGAAAGUUCCUUGAAACAUAGAUACGAGGUAAUACACGAUCUUGAAGACGUAAUUGACUAUUCGCCAACUAAAAAGAGGAUAAUUGAAGCAGAUGAGAGUGAAGUAGAAGAGUACAACGUUGAUGGACCAGAUGAUCAUGAGAUGAAAGAGAUUCCUACUGAAAUAGUAAAGACAGUGAAUGGCAAGACACACAGAUACGCAAUAGUACCAGCCGAUGAUGUUUGCAGCAAUGUAACCUUCUCGCCAAGUAUGCCAAAGAAGAAUUUAAUAGCCACACAAAAGCUCCACGAACUAUUGUCAACACCAAGGAAACUAAAAAGUUAUGCAAGUCAGCCAUCAGUUCGAAUCACACCGAAUAAGUCACAUAGUCCAAGAUACCCAGAAACUCCCGUGAAAAUGGCGUCUAGUACUCCAACUCAGGGUAUCACUCCGUCGAAGUCUUGCGCUAACUUGACAAUGAGAAGUGCUACAUCUCCGAUCUCGCCAAAAGCGCAACAGCGACUUAAUUAUGGCUUGCCGGACUUGGAACGAAAUGAUGUGUUUGUGACUAGUUUUCGUGACAGGAGCAAGGAACGCAGUUUCGAUGUUCCGAAGAGGGAGUUGAGGAACGAAAGGAGGAUUGAAAACCUGAAGGAUAAAACAACAGCUGUUAUUAUGCCUCGGGUAGCUGCCCAAUCUCCGUCCGUGUACUCCGAGGAAACCUACAAGUCAUUUACGAGUCUGAAAUCGAUGAGUGCAGCCACUGCUUCAUUGACCAUUGCUGCAUUGAUGCUGACACUAUGUGGCGGUCUCACAACAGGGCUGAGCUUCUAUAUGAUGUAUAGCGUCGGUCGGAGAUAUUACUUAGACUUCGGCGUUCUGUCCGGGUUUACUUGCUUCUUACUGGGCAUGUUGGGUCUUCGGACGAGAAGGAACCAGCUACUACCAAACAGGAAUUAUAUAUCAGGCUACAUAGUCUUGUCGACAUUUUCGCUGCUGAGCGGCUUUGGUCUACUAUUGUUGCUGUCGGUACAACCAAAGCCAGGGACUCCGCUCAAUGAUAUCACAUCGGGUGCAGUCUGCAGCAUCAGCGUUCUCUCACUAUGCCUCGCUACCGUUGGAAUCCUGGCGUCCUACUGCUGUGCGAGAGAUCCGCCAGACAACAGGGUUGGCACUGCCAGAUGGUAUGGACCAUAGAGUACUUAUAUAAUUGUAGAGAAUCCGAAACGGAGGCGACCAAACCACACUAUGGAUUUUUUUAUGAAAGAGGAGGACAAACGGGCAUACUGAAAGGAUGGUCACCUGAUGGUUAAAUUGUAAAUUAGGCCUUUCCACAUACAAAGAACAACGAAAUAUAUCCUUCACUUCUGACACUACUCUCUGACAGCGCCAAAUUGCUUACUGAAGCUAUUAGGCUCAGUAAGUGCGUCCAGUCGUUUACUUCAUCUAAGUUUGUAAGUCAUUAGUUGAAUAGAGAAAUUAUAAUGACGGGAUUGUGUAAAAUCAAAAUGGUUUCAUCAUUUAGGUACGUAAGCUUAGAUAUUAUUUUAAAAAUUAUUGUAUUGAAAAAAGUACCUUAUAUAAUUUAUAUAAUUAUCACUUGUAUAAUUUUUAAAACUGUCGCCGGAUUGAAUUUGAUUUUAUAAUAGUAGUUUAUGUGACUGCAUAAUAAAGGGCAUUAAACGCAAAUUUGGGUUUCAUAAUAACAUCACUCAAGUAUUUUAAUGGUUAAUUAUGUACAGUUACAUAUAUUAUUUUAUUUACCCACUUAACAUAAGCCGCUAUGAUGCAUUCAGGAGCCGCGCCGCUUAAUAUCAUGACCACCAACAAAGAGAAUUUAAACACUACGUUCCACCAAAAAUUUUAAGCGGUAAUUAGGUUAAUGAUAAGUUUUCUGGCAGCUGUCAUAGUUUUUUUUAAUUCAGAGAGAAACUAGAGUCGGCCCCAACUAUCAUCACGUUCGUUAACUUAUAUACAUUUGUCAAUAUCCUCUACAAAUUGACAUUUCAUUUCUUAUUACGUGAUCUCGACUGUUUUUAGAAUAGAGGUCAGAUGAAAUUUCUUUGUUUUUCAGAGAUGUUUGAAAUUUCAAUGAAAUAAUAUUACCGAAAUUGAUUUAAUUAUUAUAUUAUCAUAUUAAAAGUCUAUUUAUAUGGUGGUCAUAAUGUGCGGUUCUUGAACGCAUCAUGGAGGGUUUAUGAUAUUUGAGCAUAGAUAUCGAAAGUCAUGGAACACUCAAAUUUGAUUCGCUAAUUUUUGUUUCUGUGCUUGGCUUCGUUUAAGUACCUAAUUUUUAUUUAUAAAAUUGAAAAUUAUAAUUGUUACGAUAUUAAGUAUAAUAUUACAAAGUAUACAGUAGGUAUAGAUAAUAUAUUUUUUCAUUGCAUGUUUGCUACUUUGUACAAAAUUAUACCAAAAAUAAUUUAUUGUAAUCAUCGCCAAAUGUCGUCGCACAUGGGCUCAACAAUAACUGCGGUUCAUAAGUAUUUAGAUAAUCAAAGUAACAUAGUGCCCCAUAGACCAAUAGUCACGGUGAUAUUGUAAGGCUUGGUCAACUUUCAACGAACAAUUUUUUUUUUCAAUCGCCCUGUAAUAGCCUGAACAUAAUAUGGUCGGAUUUGGUACGGCUGGACAAUCAGACGUUACGGUGGGCGGCUGGCACCAAUUAUUCCGUUAUCGUACUCGGUACGGUGCGGACAGUCAUGAAUGUGAAAAUUGUGUGAUAGACAAUGCGACAUACCAUGGAAAAUGUUUUCGCUACCAGACCGUGUCCGAUGGUUCGGUCGCACCAAAUCCGAUCAUGUGCUUAAGCUAUAACGCAUACUCUAAAUAUCUUUUUUUCCACGGCUUGUCACCGAAUUCGAAUAACAAAUGUUAUAUUACCACAGAGCAUAUUAAAUUCUCUGGCAGUCGUGUGUGGGCGUUCACGUUGAAAAGGUACUGUGCCGCGACAUUUGACGAAUAAAAUUAUAUUUAAUUAAGUUUUAUCAAUAAUUAAUAAUACUGUAUAUAAAUAUAAUUAUAAGUUAAUAAUUAAGUAUUAUCAAGUGUAUUGUUAAAAAUACCCAAAGGUUUUCAAGUGCCUAAAUUGUUUUGUACUUAAUAAAGUUUUACUCGUGAAAUAAAGUUUUAGAUUGAAACAA